UACUAUUGAGUAUGUCAUAUUAGGAGCCAAGAUGGCGGCGAAUAUUUUUAUCAUGGGACGUCGUCAAUCUCACUAUUCUUUUGUGUUUGACUGACAUUUCUUGAAAAAGAGGUUAGGUUGUUGACUGAAGUUUGAAAACACCUUCAGUAAAACAGUAUUCCGAAGAAUUUUCUAUCUUCUUUUCUGAUUAACCAUUAUAACAUCAACUUACAAUGCCUGCUUAUCAUUCGAGUUUCUUGAAGCCCCCGGAAGUGAUAGGGAACAUGGCAAUAUUACCAUUUAAAACGCAGUUUAGAGGACCAGCGCCCAUACAGACAAACUCUAAUGAACAAGAUAUUAUAGAUGAAGCAAUAUAUUAUUUCAAAGCUAAUGUUUUUUUCAGAACUUACGAAAUAAAAUCUGAAGCAGAUAGACUUCUAAUCUAUAUUACAUUAUACAUAACAGAAUGCUUAAAGAAACUCCAAAAAUGCUCUAGCAAAACUCAGGGACAGAAUGAGAUGAAAACAUUGGCUCUUUCAAGAUUUGAUAUCCCUGGUGAUCCAGGAUUUCCUCUCAAUUCUGUAUAUAGUAAACCCGACAAUCAGAAAGAGAUGGAACUUCUAAGAGCAUAUCUGACUCAACUUCGCCAGGAAGUUGGCAUGAGGAUCUGCAACAAGGUGUUUGGUGAGGAUGGCAAACCAAGCAAGUGGUGGUUAUGUUUUGCUAAGAAAAAGUUUAUGGAUAAGUCCUUGUCUGGGCCAGGACAAUAAAGUUGCUUAUGUUUAUUAAUUUUUCCUUUUUAUAUUAUUUUAUAUUCUGUAUUAUCCACAUCCUCAAAUAAAUAAUCUAUUCCUC